AUGUACCCGGCGGGGGCCAUGGUGGCGGCCGCGGCGGCGCCGGCGCGCCAGGCGGCGUCGCGGGUCGACAAGGCCACCAGCCACCUGCUCAUGGGCCCCGACUGGGCCGUCAACCUCGAAAUCUGCGACAUCAUCAACGCCGACGUCUGGCAAACAAAAGAUGUGGUAAAGGCAGUGAAGAAGCGAUUGCAACAUAAGGAUCCGAAAGUUCAAUACUAUGCUUUGACGUUAUUGGAGACGAUGAUGAAGAACUGUGGAGAAUAUGUUCAGUUUGAAGUCGCUGAACAGCAUGUUCUGCAAGAAAUGGUUAAAAUAAUCCAAAAGAAGAACGAUAUGCAAGUAAGGGAUAAGAUAUUAUUACUUUUGGACUCCUGGCAAGAAGCAUUUGGUGGACCUGGAGGUAAAUACCGGCAGUAUCACUGGGCAUAUCUUGAAGUAAAGCGGACAGGUCUAGUGUUUCCAAGACGUCCCAUAGAUGCCCCACCAAUACUUACUCCUCCUGCAAUACACAAUUCUCAAAACUAUGGUUCACCUGGAUAUGCUGCAGGAAGUUUGAAUGAGAGAAUGUCCUCCGAUGUUGAUACUCUGAGUUUAGGAGACUUGAAUAAUAUUCGAAAUGUGACGGAGUUACUGAAUGAUAUGGUGUAUGCUUUGAACCCAUCAGAUCCAGAGGCCGUCAAAGAUGAAAUCAUCACAGAUCUCGUGAGCCAAUGUCGCUCAAAUCAGCAAAAGCUCAUGCAGUUUGUCAGUUCGACAGGGAACGAGCAGUUACUAAAGCAAGGUCUCGAAAUAAAUGAUCGCCUACAAAAUGUGCUUACAAAAUAUGAUGCCAUCGCUUCUGGUACUCAUUUGGCAGUUGAAGCUCCCGUGAGGGAGACAAUUGAGUCUCCUAGGGAGGAUCCACCAGCAAAACCAUCUUCAUCUCCUAUUGAACAAAAUGACGCUUCCAAUGAAGAGGAGGAUGAGUUCGCUCGGCUGGCUCAAAGAAAAAACAAAUCUGUGAUAAGUAGCGAUGAGACGUCAUCAAGCACAAGCACUGUGGACCUUGCCCUCGUACCCAUUGAUCUGCCAAGCUCAGAAUCGCCACCUUCUGUUGCAAGCAAUGCAUUGGUUCCCCUUGAUCCAGCUCCUGCCACUAGUAGUACUCAAACCAAAGAGCAGGAUAUGAUUGACCUUCUAAGCCUCACUUUGUGCAGCCCUACUGAUGAAACUUCUACAGAUUCUUCAGCACAGGGUCAAAAUGGCCUCCAGCAGCCUCCAGAUGGGCAACAAAAUCCUACUGGUAUGCCCCAGUAUCCUCCAACCAACCAGCCAUACUCAGUAAACCAAGGAUAUACUCCACAGAAUAGGAACUAUGUUGCACCUUGGGCCCAAACUGGACCAUAUCCAUCUCAAGCCCAGACCGGACCAUAUCCAUCUCAAGCCCAAACCGGACCAUAUCCAUCUCAAGCCCAAACCGGACCAUAUCCAUCUCAAGCCCAAACUGGACCAUAUCCAUCUCAAGCCCAAACCAGACCAUAUCCAUCUCAAGCCCCAGCAUACGCAUCCGGAUAUCCAGUGCCACCUUGGGCGACACCUCCAACUGUCAAUUCUAAUCCUUUCCUGCCGGCUGCUUACCAAGAACAACUCCCCUCGGCAGCAACCACCUACGCAGCUCCCUCACCUUCAUAUAGCUCUCCUCCAGCCUCCCAGCCAAUGCAACAGUACAGUUCUGUGGGUUCUUCAACAAGCAAUGGUCUAACGAUGCCUCAAGCUCCAAAUGGGAAUCAUCAACCGAAGGAUUCUUCAGCAGCGGCAAGCAAACCUUACUACAUACUCGAUAAUUUGUUCAGUGAUUUGAUUGACUUGAAGAGCACCAGUGGUGGAAAUAAGACUGGUACUAGUUUGGGUAGCUCAAAUGGUGGCCAGCCUAUGAUUGGUGGAAAGAAAUAA